AUGAAUCAGUAUUUGGCCACUCAUGACUCAAGUCUAAACACUUCUUUGUCUAAAUAAAAGUACUCAUUCCCAAAAGCCAAAAGAGAACCCAUUCAUAAUAAAUCAGCAACCAACGAAUUAAGUUACAAAUUACCUUAAAACUUGGGAAGCAGAAUGGCUGGAAUCGGCUAUGGAUUCAAACAUGAUUUUUCCAAAGAUGCUAAACCAGUCCCAGCUCCUAAUUUGUAUGAAAUCUAAUCCUUUGCUGAAAAUAAUGUCGACAAGAAGAAGGGACCCACAUUCGCUUAUAGCAGAGAUUAAAUGAAGGCCCAUGGAAUUUGGGGUUCUUUGAAUUUACUUUCUCCAGGUCCUGGUAGAUAUGCUUCAACCAAUUCCCUUGUUGAUAACAAAUUCACCUUUGGACUCAAAUCAGGCUCUUUGAAAUAGUUCAACACUCCUGGACCUGGAACUUAUGAAGCCAUUCAAAUCACAAAUCAAAAAGGAAAUCAAUAUAUCUCAAAAUUCAGAAGCUCUGGUGCUGCCAUCAUAGGCAAAGAUUAAGACAGAUUUAAGACCCUAUAGACCUAAAAUAGUUUUCCUGAACCAGCUAGUUAUGAUAUCUCGAAUACUGGAAUCACUGGAACAGGUUUCUGCCACAAAAAUGGAUUCAAAUCUACAGUCCAAAACUCAUUUCCUAAGGCUACACGAAAAGGACCAUUCGAUUUGGGAGCGUAGAGUCCUGGUCCUGGAAGUUAUAAAGUUUAUUCAGAAUUUGAGUGAUUUUAAUAUAGAAACAUUAAGUUAAAUUCAAUAGAAACAAA